CCAAAGGCUGCAAAUCACACCACCAAGAUCCAUCAAACAAAAUUACCCACGACUCGCAUAACGACCACCACCCAAUCACCAACCGAAACCAACCCCUUCCAAGAAGUAUACUACUUCUUCUACGGCACACUCAUGGACCGAUCCCAUCUCGCCCGAAUCCUAGGACACACCAACAUACUUGACCAACGACCAGCACAUAUCAGCGGAUGGCGCUAUCUGUUGUGGGGAGCUUACCCAGCACUCAUCGAAAGUUCUUCAGACGAUAUAGUCACAGGAAAUGGCUUAUCGGAGCGGGAAAGGCUGGUUCAAUAUGAGAGUGCGGCGUAUAGAAUUCAGGAAUGUAGGAUUUGUUUUGAGGAUGGGACGCGGAAGGUUGGGAAGAUGUUUGUUUGGGAUGGGGAUUUGGCUGGUUUACGAGAAGGGGAUUUUGAUUUGAGAGAUUGUUUACUCAGAAAGAAGGAGUUUACGGUUUGA